UCACUUGGACUAACUUGGACUUGUUGAGAGCACCCUUGGCACCAUGGCAGAGCUCAGUUUUAAUGUUGAUCACGGAUAUCUGGAGGGUCUGGUUCGAGGAAUGAAGGCUGGUAUUCUGACUCACACUGACUAUCACAAUCUGGCACAGUGCGACACACUUGAGGACAUGAAGCUGCACCUGCAGAGUACAAGUUAUGGUAAGCUGCUGUCCUCCUCUGAAGGGGACCUGACUGUGUCACUGGUCGACAGCAAGCUGAGGGAGAGUCUGCUGACUGAAUUCAGCUGCCUUCGCUCCAACGCCCUGCCUCCACUGUCUGCCUUCCUUGAUUAUAUAACCUACAGCUACAUGAUCGACAAUGUGGUGAUGCUGAUCACUGGAGCCCUGAAACAGAGAGAUGUGGCAGAGCUCCUCCCGCGUUGCCACCCACUGGGAGCUUUUGACCAAAUGGCAGCGGUGGGCAUCGCUCGCACACCGACUGAGCUCUACUCAGCCAUCCUAGUGGAUACACCAUUAGCUCAGUUUUUCCAGGAUGCUGUGUCUGAGUCCAACCUGGAUGAGAUGGAAGCUGAGAUCCUCAGGAACAAACUGUAUAAGGCAUAUUUAGAGUCUUUCCACUCUUUCUGCAAGAGCAUUGGUGGUGCCACAAAAGACAUAAUGUGUCCUGUCCUGGAGUUUGAGGCAGACAGGAGGGCCUUCAUCAUCACGGUGAACUCCUUCGGGACAGAUCUCAGCGGUGCAGAUAGAAGUGAGUUGUAUCCAUCUUGUGGCAAACUCUACCCUGAAGGGCUGCGACUGCUGGCCAAGGCAGAGGACCACGAGCAGGUCAAAGAUGUGGCCAAUUGCUAUCCAGAGUAUAAACUCAUUUUUGAUGACCCUGAGCCAGGAUCAGAUUUUAAGACUCUGGAAGACAGAUUCUUUGAACGAGAGGUGAAGCUGAACACACUUGCUUUCUUGCAGCAGUUCCACUUCGGAGUAUUUUACUCGUACAUCAAACUGAAAGAGCAGGAAAGUCGCAACAUCGUCUGGAUCGCCGAGUGUGUCACACAGAGACAGAAGUCCAAGAUAAACAACUACAUUCCCAUCUUCCCAGGAACAAGUUAACAGAGCAAUAAAGAGCAACA